AUGGACAUGGACUUUGUCCUCUUCGACGAUCCGCCCGGCCAGGACGAGCUCGAGCUCGAGGACGACUUCGACUUCGACUGCGAGACCCAAACCGACCGCAACUGUCCGCUCUUCUUCUCCACGAUCCCGCCCGCUGCCGCCUGCUCGUCCUCGUCUUCGCACAAGGCCUUCGCAACCACGUCGGUCUCGCGGAAAAUGGCUGCUACUGCUGGUGCCGUGUCUCCUUCGAGCUCGCCGCGUCUGCCUAGCCCUCCGCCGUUCACCGAGGUUCAGAUCGGUCCGCAGUCGCCUACCGUGGGAGACGCAGCCGGCAACGAGCAACUGUUUGCGCCGCUGGCCGAGACGGACGACGGAUCGACCAGGAGGAUUCGCCCUGGCACCAAGGCUGCGGACAUGGCGUCGGGACUUCCGCUGAUUCCGUUGUCGCAGCUUGACUCGCCGUUCCAGCUUCAAGAGCAUCUCAAAGCUCUCUACCACAACUAUACGAUGCCCGCUGGGUCGUCUACGAUCCAUCCCAUCACGCACGAUGUCGCCGUUGCUCUUGCCCAGCCUCCCGAAGGCGUCGAGCGUUCGCUGUGGCUGUACGAGCUAUGCCGGUUUCUGACGAUGAAAGUGAACAACUUGAUCAUUGCGUUUUUUGCCGAAGACCCUCCCUGCUCGCAGCAGUCGUGUCCGGAAAUGCGCGCAUCCGAAUGGCAAUAUCUUUGCGCUGUGCAUGACCCGCCCAAAUCCUGCUGCGCCAUUGAUUAUUGCUGCCACACUCUUGACUGGGCGACCAACAUCCUGACGUCUCCGAAAUACUUCCCCAGUCGUCUUACGCUGGGAUCGGAGUCUGCGGGCGGGCCGCAAGCAAGCAUGCGGCAUUUAACCAAUAUAUUUCGUCGACUGUACCGUAUCUUUGCGCAUGCAUGGUUCCAGCACCGCGAUGUGUUUCGUCAAGUUGAAAACACCGAUGGGCUAUACGUGUUUUUCAAGACGGUGUGUGAUGCUUACGAGUUGAUACCGCCGGACAACUACACGGUUCCUGAUGAAGCAGAGCAAUCCGCUUCUGCUGCGGAAGAUAAUGACGACUCCGACGACUCCGACGACUCGCCAAUUAAUCCCACGCCGACUGCAGCAAUAUCUCCUGAAAAUAACCGCAGAAUCUCAGUGCUACGGAAGGAACCGGGCGGCGGGAUGCCUUCACUGAGCUUGGAAGAACCCAGCAGCAGCCUGCCGGCUCCAUCGAACAUUAGCACAGGCGCUACGACGCGACGACACAAGCAUAGUCCGUCGACGGGGUCGAGCGUGACAACUAUCGCCGAAGCUAAUGAGGACAACAAUGCCCUCCUGGCUAAGAAUGAUCAGUUGCCGAAGGUCGAGGAGAACGACAAUGCGCGGUCAACGCCGGUUGUCGAUGCAGAAAGUGCAUUAUCAGCAGAGCAAGACAAGUCACCCGAUGAAGAGAACGAACCAGAAGAACGACAGCCGGAAGCAGCGCCGGCGCAAGAAGCAAAAGAAGAAAAGGCGCCCGAAGUACUGCUCGAGGCAAUCCCAGAUCCAGAUGAGCAGUCCUCCCCGACUGCGACAGUGGUCGAGGCAGCAGAACAGCCCACGACAUCCGACCAGAAGCUUUCUAAUGGUGAGUCGCCCGUGAUUAUCGAAGCGCCGUUUGCAUCUGGAGAUUCUUCUUCGGCCACGGUGUCGGUGGUGGAAACGGCGGCGGAAAAAGACGAGUAG